AUGAUCGAAACGACCAACUUCCGGGGUUGCAUAGCCAAUUUCUAUGACGAAGGUACCCUAACUGACGAGAGGCGUUGGGCAGAAUUGGUCGACGACCAUUUUGUGGCUGCAGCGGUUGGGUUUCACCCUAAGCAAGCUCAGCGCUUCACCCAGGAUACAGAUCGAGUGAUCCGACGUUUGUUGGAUCACCCGAAGACCUGUGCCCUGGGAGAGAUAGGACUUGACUACUCAGGGGAACACGGACGUUGGAGAGCGGCCCAGAUCUGGUGCGGGAAAUUCCCUAACCUAUGUGUUGGACUGACAUCAAUGGUCACGUGGGACGUCGCAGAGCCUAGAGAGGUCGCCAGAAAAAUCCCCCUGGAACGACUGCUCCUUGAAACCGACGCGCCGUAUUUUCUACCACGGGGAUUGACUCACAUCGGCUACAGCAACCCAACGAUGGCUCGACUUGUCGCAAGAGAGGUAGCCCAAAUUCGAGGAGAUCGGGAGGAAGACGUCCUGAAACAGUGCCUGCAAAACACUCGUCGUCUGUAUGGUGUUAACUUCUAA